AUGGCUGCUGAUGCUGCAGCAGCUUCAUCCUCAACACACCGCACCGCACUUCAUUCCUGCAGCCUGCUGUUAUUUAACUUCUCUAUCCUUCUCAUCAUCGUAUUCUUUCUCCCAGCUCCGGCGAAGGGAUUGCUUGGUGUCCGCCCAGAGAACACUAAAGCCGGUGAACUGUCUGUGCAAGACGGGCUGCUCCAGGCGACCGAGGGGACGCGGUUCAUGCUGCGGGUUUACUACGCAGCAUCCCCGGUUACACAGAGAGCCCAGAACCGCUCUGRGAGCGGGAGACCAGAGGGUGCAGCUGCCGCACCAUGGAUCGCCUUCAUAGAGGAGCCAGGAGGAGAGCGAGAGAAAGGAGAGGGGGAGAGCAUGGUCCAUUCCAAACGGAACCCGUGCGUGGACGAGCAUGCGCGGAGUUCUGACAUCGAACUCCUGGGUUCCUUCAGGUCUGCAUCCAGCCACAACUCCGUUCUAGUGGAGCUGCUCGCCAAAGACCUGCGCAAAGAUGAGCGGAUAAAAUACUACUCCAUUUGCGCGUUUGAUGGGUUGAAGUGGGAACAUUUCACCACCAGAGACUUCUGGCUAGCCGUGGUGGAGCGACCCCCGCAAGCGGACGUGUGGCUCCAGUUGGGGGUGUCGGUGAUGCUACUGGGGCUCUCUGCGCUCUGCAGCGGGCUGAACAUCAGCAUGCUCGCCCUGGAUCCCGUUGAGCUCCGGGUCCUCCAAAACAGCGGCACCGAGAAGGAACAAAAAUAUGCGCACAAGAUCGAAUCUGUGCGUAAACAUGGCAACUACAUCCUGUGUACUGUGGUGCUGGGCAACGUGCUGACCAACACCUGUUUCGUAGUGUGGAUGUGCCAGAUUAUAGGGAUGACUCCCACCUCCCUUGCUACCUGCACUUUCGGUAUAUUCUUUAUAGGAGAGAUCCUGCCUCACUCUGUGGCGUCCAGACACAGCCUCGCCAUCGCCUCCAAAACCAUCUGGGCCACCCGGCUUCUAAUGCUGGUCUCCUUCCCCAUCUCCUACCCCGUCUCCAAACUCCUAGACAUCAUGCUCCACCAGGAGAUCAGUAACUUCUACACCAGAGAGAAACUGGUUGCCAUGCUGCGCGUCACAGACCCCUACCACGACCUGGUCAAAGAGGAACUCAACAUCAUCCAGGGCGCUCUGGAGUUGCGCACCAAGAACGUAGAAGAAGUUCACACCCCUCUGGCGGACUGUUACAUGCUCUCCUCGGAUGCUGUUCUAGACUUCUGUACCAUGUCUGACGUCAUGCAGAGYGGGUUCACCCGGAUCCCGGUCUAUGAGAACGACAGGUCCAACAUCGUUGAUAUCCUGUUCGUCAAAGACCUGGCGUUCGUGGACCCGGAUGACUGCACCCCGCUGAAGACCAUCACCCAGUUCUACAAACACCCCAUGCACUGUGUGUUCAGCGACACCAAACUGGAUGUGAUGCUGGAGGAGUUCAAGAGAGGUAAAUCCCAUCUGGCUAUAGUCCACAGGGUGAAUAGUGAAGAGGGAGAUCCAUUCUACGAGGUCCUGGGAAUCGUUACUUUGGAGGAUGUUAUCGAAGAAAUCAUCAAGUCUGAGAUUGUGGACGAGACAGACCUCUUCAUUGAUAAGAGGACUAAGAGGCGCGUGUCUCACCAUGAGAGGAAGCAACACGACUUCUCCAUCUUUAACCUGACAGAGAACGAAAUGAAGGUGAAGAUGUCUCCUCAACUGCUGCUUGCUACACACCGUUUCCUGGCCACAGAAGUGGAGCCCUUCAGGCCAUGUCAUCUCUCAGAGAAGAUUCUCCUUCGUCUGAUCAAACACCCCAGUGUYGUUCAGGAACUAAAGUUUGACAGAAAGAACAAACAAGCACCACAGCACUUCCUGUAUAUGAGGAACAAACCUGUCGACUACUUUGUCCUAGUUCUACAGGGUAAAGUGGAGGUGGAGAUUGGUAAGGAGGCUCUUCGUUUUGAGAAUGGAGCUUUCUCCUACUAUGGCAUGCCAGCCCUCAUACCACCACUACCUAUAGUCAACAGGUUUGGUUCUGGUAGCAGUGGGUUGAACCAGUCAGAGUCUGUCUUAUCAGGAGGCAGUGUGGGUCAGCUGAGUAUAGGAGGGGGAGCAGUCUACCUACCUGACUUCUCUGUCAGACAACUCACUGACCUACAGAUUAUAAAGAUCUCAAGGAACCACUACCAGAAUGCUCUAACAGCCAGUCUUAUGGACAGUGUACCCCAGACCCCUGAUCCCGACGGGAGACCCACCAUCCCUGAGACCCGCUCCCUCAGCAUCGCCCUGCCCCUGACACACACAUACACACACCUCCGACCCGUCCUGGAACGACACACACACACAGAGGACAACACUGGACCACUCACCUCACAGCUCAACGAGAGAAACCGCAUCGUCCGCAGUAAGUCAGACGGACAGAGGAGUCCCAGUGAUUCGGUGUUUCUACGGAUGGAUGACAUACUCUACAUCCAAGAAGACCUACAAAAACACCGUCAGGAAGGCCACCCAGAGGAGCGACUAGAGGAGAGACCGGAAGACAUCCCGGAAGAUAGAAAGGAAGACCGCCCAGAAGAACGUCUGGAAGACAGGCCUGAAGGCCGUAUGAAAGACCGGCUGGAAGACCGUUCGGAAAACCGGUUAAUUGAACGCCCAGAAGACCAGCUGGUAGAAAUUCCGGAAGACCAGCUGGAAAGCCAAGAAGGGAACGAUGCUGUUCCUGUGGAGUUAGAUAUCAUCUGUUCUCUAUCUGGCUCAGAGGAGACACUGGGGAAGAAGCUGCUACGUAAACUGAGUAACAAGAAGAGGAAAAAGUCCCGGGAUGGGGAGAAGAGUGUGGAGGAAGGCUUGGAGCAGCCAUCGGUGACCACCUAGCACAACGCCAGCCACCCAUCUCUACUGUGCUAGAGGAGUCUGAAGAGGAGGAAGAAGAAUAAACUAAAUGAAGAGAAAAAUAAGAGGGAAUUAGCAAGUCUAGAUCUGAGCCAUCUUUUAAAUCUUUUUUAUUGCUCAACCAAGAAGACAACAAUUUCUGUCUUCUACCAUCAGAUGAUCGCUUCUUAUUACCAAGUGCUUUCUGCACAGGGAACUGUUCUUAUCAUAGAAUAGAGCACCUCUAUCAGUUAAUCAACUGUGGUUGAUAGGAGUCCUGCCAUAUAAAUGCAAUUCACACUGCCAGUGUUCUGAUGACACAUAAGGAAGAAACAGCCAACACACACCAGCCAUGAGAACAAGCACAAUGUCUACAACCACAGGGACUUUAUACUGAUUUAAAGAAGCAGUCUGUCAUUUCUUUGUCCCAUGUGGCCACCGGAUGAUUU